AAUCUCUGCCUCACUCCCUUUAUCCGAAAGGUGUCUGGUAGCAUUCAUUGUUUGGCACAUCACUGUUCGCUAAUUCUGUGAGAGAAGGUCGAGUUCGUGCCAGUUUUGGGGUGUCCUAAGCACAGGCUCUAAACGCUUCACGGUCAGCAUGUUGGAAGGGAAGGCAACGAUCCAAGAAACGGACAUGCCAUUGGAGAUGCAGAUGCAGGCGAUGUCGUCGGCCUCCGAAGCCCUCGACCUCUUCGACGCCUUGGAUUGCAGGAACAUAGCCGGCCACAUCAAGAAGGAAUUUGACGUGGUAUAUGGGCCCGGUUGGCAGUGCGUCGUCGGUUCCAGCUUCGGCUGCUUCUUUACACACUCGCUAGGGACCUUCAUCUACUUUCAUUUGGAGACUCUCCAGUUCUUGAUCUUUAAAGGAGCCUCAGCAUAGUUUCACCAUUCCAUUAAAUCAGGAAUUAUGUGAUGUUUUAUUUUAUUGGCCUCUUAUAUAUAUAUAUAUAUAUAUAUAUAUAUAUAUAUAGUUUAUGUGAUGUUUUCCUCUUUUUUUUUUGCCUCUUAUUUAUAUGUAUUGACUUAUAUAGUGAUAAGUUCUAAAAGGAUUUUAUAUAUAUUCAAAGUUGAUUAUAUAUUAUUUUAUGUAUUUGCCUAGUAUUCGGGUUUCUAAACUUUUGAAAAUUAUAUUAGGUUCUGAAAUUACUAUAAUUUACUCUUGAAAAAAAAGUGAGGUAUUUCUUUGCAAAAUUAUACUAUGUGAUAAUUCCACGAAGAUCUCUUUGUUAGUAAGAGGAAGAAUCAACACAAAUCGAAUUUUUUGAGGAA